AUGGAGAACAGUUCUACACCAAAAAAACCUCUUGUAAAAUAUAUUAGACAACUAUUGGCGCUGUGUGAGCAGGCAGAUGUCUUAAUUAACGAAGACGAUCAUGAAACUCUCAUACAUCCAGAAAUUCAUUUGUUACGUUCAAAGGUCAUCAAGUUGUGUAAGGUAGUACUCAGUAAUGAAGAAUGGGGUCGUCAAAUUCUCGAUAGAGUUUGGAGAAGUUGUUACUAUUCGACUAUCUGCCGUAUACGAAGAGCUGCUCUCAGUGUUGAACAAAAAAUUUGGACGGAAUCGUUACUUGAAACUUAUGUGAAAGAAUUGUGCAUUUUUAUACAGGAUUUCCCUUACCUACGUUCUUCAGCAUGUCUUUAUAUUGGUGAUCUACGUCGGUAUGCAUGGCUUAUUUGUGGAGCAGUGAAAUAUAGAAAUUUGGCACUUCUUUGUUACCGCAAAUCAGCCAAGUUGGAUGAAGAGAAUGGUAUUGCAUUGAAUCAGCUGGGCUUGCUUAUACAAGAAGCCAAUCCGAUCUGCGCUUUGCUAUACUUUCUAUUAGCUGAUAAUGCAGAAGUUAGUUUCGUUGGCGCUUAUUCCAAUGUUAUUAAUCUGCUCAAGCAGCAAAAGGAAGAAAAAUAUAUUACAAUAUCUGUACUUGAACAAUGUUUUAUGUGUUUCAGGCAACUUGAUUUCGAACAACUUUCAACGAAAUGGGUAGAAUUUAUUUUAACACAAUUAGAGACUCGUCAUGCUCUACACGUUGCUAUGUCAAUUAACAUAGUUGCUCUUGCAGCAGUUACUUUGUUAAAAAAAGGAAAAGAAAUAGAAAUGCAAGGCUUGACUAAAAUGUUUUUUCGAGUCUCAAGCAUCACAAUUCGUAAUCUAGAAGAAUGGUAUGCUUCAUCUGCAGAAGCAACAAUUUUUCGAAGACGCCGAGCUUCAUCAGCAGGAGAAAUGUCUGCAAGUGAAGAGGAAGAGGAAAAAAACAGCAUGCAAAUGUCUUCAUUAGAUCAGGAUGUGAUAUCAGUUCAUGAUGAAGCAGAUGAGGAGGAAGACUUAGUACUCAGCAAGAGAAAGCAUGAAACACAACAUAGAAUCCAAGCACUGCUUGUCUGUUUACUGCAUGCUGCAACUUCUUUGGCUCCACACGUUUACAAUGACAGAGUUCCAUCUUCAGUUUACUGUGAAUAUGAAGAUUAUUGCCAACAGUUAAUACAGUUUUUAAAUUUGUUAGAAUUAAGCUUGGAUGGUGGACUAGAGAGUUUUUGGCAGCUUGGUGGUCCAACCCCAUGGGUUCUUUUAACACGUUUUUUGCAAAAUUUUGUGAAAUCUUCCUUUACACCUGUCGAAUAUGAAGAAUUCUUUCGGUUCACGCCUAAAAAUUCAACAAAAGAAAAUAAAAUGAAAAAUAUGGCUAAAUUACGACUGGCUCAUGAUGCAGAAAAGGAGCAUAUUCGAACAUCUUUGCCACUGUACGUCAUUCCAGAAGAAGAUGUUUUACUAAAACGUUUGGAAACUAUUAAAACAAUUUUGAGGAAAGGUAAACUAAUCGUAGUUAUAGCGGAAGGUACAUUUCGGAGUAUGGAUAUGAAGAAAGACAAGCCAGAGGUUCGGAAAGCCUUACGUUGGAUUAAUGUCCGUAUAUCCAAAGAUAAUGGACGUUUAAAAAUCAUUCCGAAGUCAACACCAGAAAAAUGUGCGGAGAAGCUGACGACACAGAUACCGACGACAUCUACUGUAUUUGUUACCAUUCUUACAUUGUCGCAAGUUGAAGCUAAUCCAGUUAUUAAGCCAAUAACCGUGGAAAAUGUAGAUGACUUUUGUGCCCGAUAUGAAAAGGCUCAAAAAGAUUUCUCACUCAGCAAUUGA